GUCGGACGCGUUCCUGGCAGCUCUCGUUGUGCGGUGGGUUCAGACUCGUUCGCGCGAGCCUUCUGUUCGUUGACAGGUUGUGUGCACAAUAGUGUUGCGUGUGUGAUUCAGAAUUUUACGAUCGGGCGAAGGGUUGUGAACCGUGGGAAAAAGAGCGGCUGCUGAUUUGGUUUGCUCUCGGUGAACAGUGGGAUUAAGGCUGCAAUUCGGCGAUAUUAGUGGAGCAGAUUCAGCGCGGCUCCAGGCGCCGUUCGGCGGUGUUGUUUAUUACUUUGGCGCACACCGCUCGAAACGAACUGACCACCGGAACGAUUGCUAAAAUUUAUACACAUAGUCAACACGCGGGAGGUGAAGCCGCAGUGGUGAGCUAUGAUGAAUGGUGCAGUGACCGGGACGUUCCGGAUGCCCGGAACGCUGUUGUGGCACAGUGUUUGAAGUGUUGAACGGGCGUUUUAGUCGACCUGACGGACGGACGGUUUUAUCACGGUUCCGAAAGCGCCGGGAACGUACGGCAAGCGUCGAACGUGUUAUCUGUCGAUAAUUUAUUAACUAGACCACUCGUGGUGGUCGCGGCUGAGUCCGACUAUUGUGCCAUCAUCAGAGGCCAGCGAAAGGUCCGUUCGCAUAGAAUGCGAGAGUGAAGAUUGAGUGAGCACACAAGGUGUACUACUACUCAAAGGAUAGUUAGUAGUGGUUGAUGAAAGAUAUUGGAAGUUGAGCCAGCGCUAAUCUGGCCUUGUUGGUGGGGUGUGAAUGUCGGUGGCGAUGUUGCUCGGUGUGAGAGUGCAAGCGAGGAUCAAUUGGCAGGGUCGUGUUUCCGAGUGCUAACUCGGAUACGGGUGGUGAGCUGCAGCAUCAGCAUAGCUGGAAGUUUCGCGCGGACAAAAGGAACGAGGAAGGAACGGAAGAACAAAAGAUAACCAGGAACGCUGAAUAUACAAGAACGAUAAGUGGAUUGAUGUAGAGUAGGACGACGAUAGUCAACGUUCCUAAAUACCCUGUAGUGACUUUUGGUUGUAGAAUCCCUCCGCCAAACCCCCCGCAACAUUGUACCAUCGGAGGGAAUAUCAAGAAAGUAACAACCACUGACAAGCGAUCAUGAAUGUCGUCUGGCGAGUGCUGUUUUACAUCGGUGUCUUGUGGCGGUUUCACGGAUGCAAGCAUUUCAUCGUUGGAGCGUGCCCGAUAGGAUGCAUGUGUCUGUCCCAAACUCAGGUUAUGUGCAACAGUGGAGAGCUGCGGGAGAUUCCGCUAAAGUCGAUGCCCGUCACGGUGGAAGCCCUCUCACUGCAGAAAAACAUUUUCCCUAUAAUUAAAAGUGACGCUUUUCUGGGCCUAAAAGCACUACGCAAACUGUCGCUGGAUCGGAACAACAUCACCACCAUCAAACCGUUCGCCUUCCGGGGGUUGCCCCGGUUGCGCGAUCUCUCGAUUCAGCACACCCCCCUCACGACCGUGGCCUCGUUCGCGUUCGCCGGUCUCCAGAACGUAUCGCAAAUUCAGCUCGCCCACAACAAAAUACUGCGAAUCGAGGCGUACGCAUUCGCCGGAUCGGCCGGCAUUCGGUUGCUGAACCUGGCCGAAAAUCCAACCGUGCUGGUAGAGACGAACGCUUUUUCGAGCCUGACCGCCAUCGAUCGGCUGAUACUGCCCUCCGGCAUCCGGAAUAUUUCACAAGAUGCAUUCUAUGCGCUGGAUACGGUUGGCUACCUAAAGCUUUCCUUCAUGGACUUGUCCGAGGUGAGCCCAUUCACCUUCCGGGGGCUCACCAACGUGAAGCUACUCUCGCUGCAGGAGUCCGACCUCGGGGUCAUCAGUGCCAACGCCUUCGACGGUCUCGAUUACGUCGACACGCUCAACAUUCUCAACAACAAGAUAGACGCCAUCCAGGAGCUGAACCUGACCCAUACGAAUCACAUCAAAACGCUGCGGCUGCAGGGGAACCAUCUGCUGGAGACGCCCGAACCGGGUAGCAUCACUCUGGAGGGACUUGGUACGCUGCACGUGGUGGGUAAUUAUUUCCCCUGUGGCUGCCACAUUCACACCCUGCUGGACAGCCCGCUGGCGAACGGUACCUAUGGUAGCGGUGAAGAUUUCCUAUCGAAAAACUACUGCAUCUCACCGCUCGAAGUCAACGGCCUGCAAAUGAGCCAGAUCGAUAUCUUCGCCAUCGGUCGAUGCCACGAGCAGGUGACGCGUGAGAAUCUAGAAGCUUCCGGUGCAUCCCGCCAGCUGCCAUCCCUGUGGCUAUUCUUCGGUCGAAGAUCGGACCAUCGGCGGCGGCCUCCCGCCGCAACCGACGGCAGCAGCCCGUGGCUCCGGUGGUGGAACCGAAUCAAUUAUGCAGCCGUCGCACUGCAUCUGCAUGCUCUCGGCGGGUUGUUAGCAUAUUUUAAAUAUUUCAGACUCAAAAUCAGUUGAAUUUAAUUGGCUCGCUGCGUCGGUUGUUGAUUUCCAGCUGCUUAUUGCAAUGUAGCCUUCGAAACAAACAGACAGAGAGAGAAACUAGUUUUCAAUAGUUUAUGUUAUCAAAUAGCAAAAUGCGAACGGUGCGGAUGUAUAUGCGACUAGUAUUUAUGCUGAGACUGACUAAUUUUUACGUUACAGUGGGAAAUUGUGGAAAGAGCGUAACGAACAUCAGCUGCGGAACGCAUCGAAUGCGUGUUAUGACGGUAUUUUUGGUUGCCAUUAGAUACGAGAAUUGUUCACGUUUGCUCCAUUUGAAAUACAUUGUAAGUUGGACGGCGAAGCAAUUCAUAGAACAAAUGUACGACAAAUCACCUUACACACGUUAGCCUGAAACAUCCGACCUAAGCGCUGUAAUUAGUGAAUCUCAAAGAACCGAAAACCAUAAACCCGGCGACCCCAAAAAUUGCAGCAAUACUAAUUUAUUCUCACCAUAGCCAAAAACCACGCUUAUCGCACCCCGCUUUUUACCGCCAACAAAAUGCGAAAUUAUUGUUAUUCUCCCUGUUCUGGAAAGGGAGCUGGAUAUCCGAUGAGCUCUCAAGCUGUGCUGAUAUUAAACUAUGCAACAGACUGGUUGGGUUAUCCUGUGUUCCUCCCCUCCCAUCCACCCAUCCAACGUUCGGCAAACCAAAUCAACUUGUUCUCGUUCACCAGAAAUCCAAAACCCAAACCCCUCCUUCGGUGCUCGGGUUUUGCAUCCCCGAUGUUUCGGAGUGCUUUCCUCUGUCCAUCCCCAUCUCACUUUCAUUUUCAAACAGCAGCAGCGCCACCAAUGGUGGCAACGGGAUGGGGAGCGAUGCCGAAUUUUGGUACUCAUCCAGCAUACACUGCCUCUGCCAUUGCUUCAGCUGAUGCUGCUGCUGCUGGACCACAUAAUAAAAUAUCCAAAACCGCUCCUAUUCUGCAUCCAUUUUAAUUAAAAACUGAAUUUAAACUAUGCGUUUCGGAAUGCAACCUGUGCCUUUUUUGAGCGAGUAAAGCAGCAGUCAAAUUAGAUGGAAAAACUCGCCCCGUGUUGUCCGGAAUCAUAUCCUGCCAGCACCUGCAUCACCAUGACCAUGACACCACGGGGAGUGUCAUUUCGCGCCCAGGUAUUGGUAAUUGGCUGGCGAUAAAAGCAAAAUCAAGUAAUGCCGUAAUGUUACACCGAGCGCACUGAUCGCAUCAGGUGCUGGAAGAUGAACAUAACACAUAUGUCCCGUGCCAAAUUGACCGCUUUUUCGAGAAAUAGGUUUCCUCGUGAAAAGUUGCUGACGCUGGGCGAGGUUAUUCGGCAGAAGUGUACAAAACAUGUGUAUUGAAUUGGUGAGAAAUGGAAAAUUUUAGCUCUGAAAUUGAAUAUGAAUUCAAAUUGUUCGCUUCUCGUGGAUUUAUGUCAGCAAAUCUGUGAUUGAGAUGAUAAUUGAUUGUCAAUUUACGGUUUUCAUGUAGCUGAGUUGUGCAUUCUCAUAUAUUACAUUAAAUGAGCUCAAAAGUUUCAUUAAUUGUGCUAUUCACCCAAACUGGUAUAUGUUUACUCAAGCCCGAGGCGAGUUUUUGUGCGAUAUAUAAUAAUGAGUCUGGUUGAUUCAUGCUAAACAAAUUACCUUUAUUCAUUCACAAUCUUUGUACUUAACGCUACGAAAGAUCGGAUGAGAUUGACCAUUAACUAAACUCUUGUUCUCUAAGUAUGGUUCUGCAGAAUGCCACGCUGCUGGAGGUCUGUUACCUGCCAUCUGGAUUAGGAUUGGGCGAUCUUGGAUCGAUUUUCAGAAGAUCGAUCUUUUCCAUUUCGAUUUCCGAUUUUUUGAAUCGAUUCAUUGUACCCGAAAAAAUCGCAAAGAUCGAUCUUUUGCUUUCGAUUUUUUUCGAUCCUAGAGUUUUUAGUACAUCGAUUUUAAUCCCAUCUGACAAAUUUUAUAAUCAUUUGAAUAACUUUCGAGGAUGUCAAAUUAGUAAUAGUGAAUAGGAUUGGUCUUUCGAUCUUUUUCUCUCCGAUUUCCGGUUUUUCGGUUGAUGCUUCCUACUGAAAGAAAAAAAUCGUGAAAAUCUAUCUUUUCUUCCGAACUUUCUGAUCGUAGAAAACAAAAUAUUGUAAAUUUGUUUUCCAGAGAACAUUGAUUCUUACCAAAAACCGCUUGACAAAUUCAUAAACAUUGGAUCCCUUUCAAUGUCAUUGAAUUAGUGGUCGUAAAUUUAGGAGAAGCAGUUUUGUAAGUUUGGUCAUUACCAAACAAGUGGUCACAAGUUAUAUUUACACCAUCAUAUUCACUAGGCUGACAGUAAAAAUUGUGACGAAAUGGGAUGUUGACAUCAGAUCCGACUGAAGCGUUCUUUACUAGAACUGGGACUGUUGCCAAUAUUUCGACUAAAUGCCAAGCGUAUUAAACGAUUUGAUUCAACGGGAUUAUCGUCAGCGGAGUUCUAGAUGAAUAUCGGUUGUUGAAUUUCUAAUAAUAAUUUUCAAUUAAUUUAUUCAAUUAAAUAAUUCCAUGACGGUUCAAGAUGAAUGCCCUGCAAAAUCCUUUUUUCAGCACUUUCCUGUUUUUUGUAACCUUCAUUCUGAGAAUCAAACUGAAAUGCCUUUGAUGUUUGAAUAGAAAUAUAAAAUGGUUAUUUCAUGUUUAAAGAAAAGACAAUACUUAUAUAGAACAAGUAAAUCAAUUGGAAAAAGGCAUUCGAUUUUUCAAAGAUCGAUUCAGUAAAGAUCGAUUCUUUGGUACCGAUUUAAUCAUUGGAUCGAUCCCUGCGCCGUUGAGAAAAUCGAUCCAUCAAGAUCGAUUUUUUUCUAAAGAUCGCCCAAUCCUAAUCUGGAUACCCUCUUCUGUUGGUGUGCGGUCCGUCCGCUGCCUGCUUGGUGUUUGCCUGUUCGGUGUUUGUCUGCUCUUGUAUCAAUUGGCUGCCUCGUUAUCCGGUACAGUCGGCCUACUAAUACACAGCACUUGACAGCGUCAAACAUGUCCGGGUCACAAAUGCAAUUUGCGACCACUGUCACUCGCGAGAACUCUCAAGCUGGUAAUAAUCAAGGCGCUUAGCAUACUGCCAGGUUGGUCAAAAUGUGACAACCACUCUACAGCCAUGAAUUUACAGGAUGACAUUAACACACUUCUAAGAUAAAAAAUAAUGAAUGAAAAUUUACUUUUCUGUUUCGAAUGAAAACAAUAUUACGUAAUAUUGAACUGGAAUUGUGCCUGAUGAUGAUUUUAUAUUAUAAUGGCGUGUUUUUGUAAAUGUUGUGUGCUGUGAAAUAUGUUGCCAAAUGGUUAAGAGAGCGUCUUGUUUUAAGUAAUCGAAUAACUUAAGAAUCUCCAUUCAAAUUUUAAGAUUGCAAAACCGCCUUUUUCAAAUUUUCGCGAUUUUGACGAUUGUUUCUAGUUAAAUAUGAUUAGCGAAUGGGCGCACCUUGUUCCAUAGAUCAACCUUGAUUGUUGUCAAAAGUUUCUCCGUCAAAGGAACAAAAGAUUCUGUGACUCUGACUUUGUUAUUUACGUUUCUGCUAAAAUUUCCUUAUGAUUUUGAACGCUAGCACUGAUUUAAGAAAAAAAAUAGCUCGUUCAUUUCAUCUGCUUAUUUUUACUUUUAAUAACAACACUUUUCCUAUGUAGUGGACUAUUAUAAGAAAAGUAACAUACAGAAACAAAAUCUGUGACGUCACAGAUUUAAAAAUUUUCUCACCUUCCAUUUUCCAUCUCGCUCUUGGCCGGGGCCUGGGUACAGUCCAAAGUACGUAGAAUGAAAGGUAAGGGAUAUUUGCUGUGUAUACACACGGAGAGCGCAUGUGUUACACACACAACGAAGUUAGUAAUACAAAAUCCUCGACUUGUUCGAAGUUUUAAAGGUUUUUCAGUAUUUCUCGAUUUUAAAAGUUCUAAAAACCAUAAAAAGUGCCAAAAUCGCAUGUCGAGCCGACGGUAAACACGAUAGUGUACCGCUUUUCACUGCAAAUAUGGUUUAUCGAUUUCAUACUGAACAGUUUUUGUUUACUUCAGCAAAAUGUUGAAGUACCACGCCCCGCUAUCCCAUGCAUUUGCUCGUUGGAUCGGGAACGGGAACGACACUGCUUCGAUAUAACCUCUCCACACAUUUGUUUAUCGGUUUUGUAUUAUUUUUAUAGUACAGGUACGAGAAUUCUACUGUUUUAAGUUUUAAAACAAUUAAGUAAACUGUUAUUUCGUCAUUUCGAAACAUAUUUUGAGACAGUUCUUGUGUUAUAAUUAAAAAAAUUAAAAAAUGCUUGAAUUUAUAUCGACUCGUUCGAUGGCUUAAUCCUACUUUUGCUAUUGACUUGGUUUGUUUUAUUUAUUGGUGGGUUAAGAUUAUACAGUGGUAACCAGGUAAUUAAUCACACUACAAACGGCAAGUGCCUGCUUACCAGAUAACAUAGCAUUGAUGAAUAUGAAAAAUGUUCGUGGAAUUUUGAAACCCUGAUUUAUGUGGCAUCUACAGGGUAUCCGUAUCAUACUGGUAUUAUACCGGUACUAUCAGCAACUAAUUUAGUUCCCCAAUCACUCACGCAGUCUUUGAAGGAGCUGCAUGCAACAGAGCAACUUGCGGUUCUACAGAAAGUGGCUGUUGUUGUUGUAUUGAAUUAUAGAGACUUUGAGCUGUAUGACAGUCAUUAGUCUCUUUAUUCGAAAGAAUUCGCUGUUCAUACGUGUUGGCUCUGUCCUUCCAUUUGCCGGUUGAUGCUUUGAUUCUACUAAACUGCAGGUCCCUUUCACGAUUCCAUUCCGCCUCCCAAGUGAGGAGAAUGGAAAAGUUCGUCCUUCUAAUGAGGUCCAUACCAGGUAUACCCAUACUGGUAAUGGUGCCUCUCCGCCCUUCGUUAGCAAGCCGAUCGGCUUCCUCGUUCUCCGGGAUCCCGGUGUGACCUGGAAUCCAACAUAGGGUCGCACUACAUCCUCUCAGCUGCUCUUCAAUUUUUGGAAUAAUGGGGUGUUUGAUAUUACCACCCUCUACAGGUUUGAGGACGCUAACCGAAUCCGAACAAACAACGACCCUAUUAGCAUCGGUGACGCUCUCUAAUGCCAACUUAAUGGCGAGAGCUUCACACGAGAAAAAGCAAAACUCACUGGGAACUCUCAUGCUAGUCUCAAGGCGCGUCCACAUUAUGCCGAUUAAUGCCGAUCGGCCUGUACCAGGCGGCAUAUUCGGUUCGUUAGGUAAUGUGGACGCCCCAUCGGGUUCACGAAGCCGAAAUCCCAUCGGAUGCACGAAGCCAUCACGAACACACGAAACACAAUGUCAUCAACGCUAAUUUACUUCAUUUCGUUUUGGUUCGACUUUCUCGAUCCGGACCCACUUGUUUCGGGUUGGCUUCGGUUUGAUUCGAGUCGGUUUUCGGCACGUCGGCAAGCCCGGGCGGUACGUCCACAGUUAGUCGGCUUUACCGGGCGGCCAAGGCCGAUUGGCGUAAUGUGGACGCGUCUUUAGCAUUUCCGUCGAGUAUCCCAAUGGCUGAGGUGUCAUCGGUGACGGACCGUCAGUAAAGACUAUGCGUUUGUUAGCAAAGUCAUUACGUAGGGUCUCGUUCACCGCCGCUUGCACCUUCUGGGGGUUAUCCCCAGCCCUAACGAACCGUUUUAUCCUCCAGCUUAUGGUGGGAGGAACGGCAUCCCAGGCUCUAGGAGAGCGUCGACUUAACCGCAUGGGGCGAGGCAGUAUCUCCCCCGUUAGGGUUUGAUAUUUUUGCGUGGCCCUAACACCGUAUGGGGUAUCAAGCGAUAGGUUGGCUGGGCACUCCUCCCACCUGACUAGCGCAUGGACCAUCCUCUGCACACAUACCAUCUCGAAAGGUGGUUCACCUAGUUUCAGCGUUUUCGGCAAUUUUCUAGCUGGAGAGGCAAUCCCCAACUGCUACUUUGAAAGUUCUGUCGGUUAGAAAGCUAGCAAGGUAUGCCAUCAUUCUUCCCGCAAAACCCUAGUUCGCAAGCGUUGCCAGAAUAUGACGCCGCCACACCUGGACAGAAGUGGUGAUUCUUGGGACAUGUAACAUAGUACGCAAGUUCCUAAAUCACUACAACUAAAAAACGACGAUUGUGUAGACACUAAUCCCCCUUUGCCAUCCAAGAAGCCCGGGGUAGGUGAAAGUUCAAUGCAUUCCGAACCCAAGCACAUCAGUGCCAAGCCACCUACAAACAUUGCCGAUUUCUGCGCCCGAAUAAACUCUCCAACAAUUUUAUAACAACCAUACGAACAUUCCAUAAUUCAAUAAUGUUGUUUAAAAAUGUAUUCAUUUGUACACCACAUAGGGGCAGGGCGGCGGAUGUGGACACGACGGGCAAUCUCGGAUCCGUGUUUCGCUGCGUCCGCCGGAAUCCGACGCGAAAGUCACGAACAGUGAUUUAAACACGCACAUAUACCGGACCGAAUGCAACAAUGCCUAAACCCGAAACGAACGAAGAACAGAAAAAAUAGCCGUUCAUGGUGGAAAAAUAAAUAAACGCCUGUGCCUGUCACCGACACAGGCCAAAAACCUGAUCCGGACUCGAAUGGUUGGCUUUGGCUAGGUCAGGCAUGACGGGUCAGCAAUUAAUCAGCCAUAUAACUAUUAUGCGCUACGUUUCCAUUUAUUGAUAUAUUCGAACAAACAAACAGAAAGUUCACGGCAUAAAAAGCGUUAUAUUAUGAAUGAGUCAAUUGGCAGGAUAGGGUGAAGACCUGCAUUAAACAACUCAUCAAAAAUCUGACGGAUUUAUUUCUCAAUUAUACACACAGAAGUAAUUGACAUGCGGUUUGCAAAUGGUGACCGAUUUCGCUAUUUGUUAAAAAAGGACCCUAUUGAUGGAAAAUUGAGAACAAUUAGAACAGAGAUCGAAUUGUAUAUUAUUGGUGCAAAAAAAUCCUGCCACAGAACGGUUUCUAGUCCUAGGGAUUAGGUAGGCGAAUAUUUUGGAUUUCAAUGCAUCAAUUGGAAAGAGCAUAAUUGAUAAUGCGAACUGGAAAAGCACAUUGCGGGCUGCGAAAUGGCAACGAAAUAUGAAAUGUAGCAACGUGUAACAAAUCCGCUUAGAAACUAUUUCUGUUCAUUGUCAAAUGAACAAUGUAUGAUUUCAGCCGUGCUCUGUGUUUGCCAUUUGACGCUUCCAGCGAACAUAUUUUCGGUUUCAUUCGAUAGGGUAUUACAAAAUAAAAUUCAGCAAUUGAUAGUUCACAAGUAAAUUAAAAAUAAAAAUAUCUACUCUCCGCUAUCACAUACACAUAAUAUUCUAUGACAGCUGAAGCAAGCUGUACAUAAAUUCUCACUUGCCACAGAAAUUGCACCUUCAUACUUUGUCCCAUUUACACACGAGCUCCGGAAAAAUAACUCCGGAAACUGGAAGCAAUUUUAAAUUGUUAUUUAGUGCUAAUAAUGCUGCUGCCGCCACUGUUGUUCGUUACGCCCUCUUUCCCCGACCCGGAAACAAUAGUUUCUCCGCUCCUUCAAUGUUUUCACGAGACAUGAAAAAAAAUUUAAUUCAACCUAAAACGCUUAUGAACUGACGAAAUGAAUUUGCUCAAAGUAUACCGACUAUAUUACGUAUCUUGUUAAAUGUUAUAAAAAUUGUUGUUUCGUUUGCGUUAUUUUUCACUCGCCCCUCGGUGAAGGUAAUUAUGCAUCUGUGUGAAGGUGCGAAGGGAAGCAUAUUUAUAUUACUCACGGUGCCGGGAUCAGGAUUUAGAAUAAUUUCGACUAACUUUAGUGACGUUUGUGAAUGAGUAUGAUUCGGGUUUCUAUUGCGAUACUGGUGUAUUCGGGUAUUAAGUCGAGAGGGUAUCACAGCUUUUCAACUUCAAUUUGUUAUUUUAUUUGUUAUCAUUCCAUUAACUAAUUUAUUAUUUUUUUCAUUAAAAAGGAUAUAGUUCCACGUUUAUGAUCUCCUUUUUACUCUUAAAAACACUUUCCAACUUCAGUUUACAAUGAGGUGUAAUAUUAUCACGCAUUUACACAACAACACCUGUGGCUAUGUGGAUAGCGUGGUCGUGUAAAACAGCCUUGCAUUCCAGCCGGCCUUGUUUUGAUCCCCGUUGACAUCGUUUGGACCAUUUUUUGGGUUCAAUCCCAAGCUGACGUUCAGUCUGAGAGAAAGAGAUGUCUGCUCCCAUACGUAUAAACUUUUUUUUUUCGAAAAAUCAUUUCGAAUUCAGCACACGAAAAAUCAUUUCUUCUGUCGAAGAUGCAAUGUUUUCUGCCAACGCUUGUUUGGGGCCAAUUUUGAAAGUGAUAAUAUUAAUUUAGCAUUUUCUUUAAAACACUAGUUCUCGGUAUAUAUUUGACAGAAUGUAUGUAGUUGUCGGGAGGCUGGUGAGCAUGCCUCAUAUGAAAGAACUUCCCAUCCAAAUGAUUCAAUCAUUUUCUUGAGCGGUUUUUCGGUGCUUGAUAAAGUAUUAUUACUCCGUGUCUCCGUGAGCACUUUUCCUUUUCGGCAUUUCCCAAAUUUAUUGAUCAAAUCAACUAAAACAACGGAAAAUGUAACUGGUCUUAUAGAAACUUGACACCUGAAAAAUACAAAAACAUUCGUUUACGCUCAGCGCUUGCACACACAUAUGAAAAUCAUGCAGUGAUAUAAAUUGAAGCAUUGUUUGUUUACAAUAACACAAAGCAGCAAGAUCAUCACCUGGUCUUAUAGAAGUUGGACAGAGUAUAUGCUGCAGAGCAAAAAUUGUGUUGUUUUGAGUUGUAAUCCGUUGCUAGAUGUCAAGACAAAACAAUGUUGCCAAUAAUCCAUCCUUGUGAGGAUUACAUUGACUGUUAGAGCAAUUUGUUGGGAAAUUUCGAUUUAAUAUUUAAAUACCUGGUUUGUCACAACAUGUUUAUUGUUAGUCUGUAUAUGUAAAGUAUAAACAAUAUGGUAAAUGACUUUAUUCCCGUUUCCACUUAACGGUGAAAAAGAACUGAACGGCACGUCAUUGAACUACGUUUUACGAGUUAUUGAAGCGUCAAAGAUAAUAAUGGUUUUCAGGCAGAAUGUACAUCUUUCAAAUAGAAAAUUUGAAUGAAAAUUAUCUUCUCCGUAUCAAAUAAGCGUUCAAUGUGAAUGGAAAAUUUUGUUUCCUUCAUAUGGUAAAAUAAAAUCUUACGAUAACUGUAUCUGGAGAAAAAUGUAUAUUAUAAUGGUAGGUUUCAGUGGAAAACCAAUUUCGUAUCCAGAUGUCGACAUCGCAUCUGGAUACGAAACAUCGAACAUUUCAGUUAUUGAACAGACAAACGAUGGGAUAAAAAGAGGAAAAAUUAUUCCUCUCGCGAUCGAUAAAGUUCUAAUAUGUUCGGUAAAAUUGAAAUAUUUUUGAAAAAAAUGUUUGAAAAAACAUCGCAGUAUAGAAUCGCCUGGUUCGUUUGAUACAUAUCACAGUUAGCCGGUACAGUUUAAACAUAUGAGAUUGAGAUGUGGUUUAGCUAUAUCUUCACUUUUUUUUAUCAAUUGUGAAUGUGUCAUUUGCAAAAAAGUUAUUGGAAUAGAUCCUUCUUUUAACACUUUCUCGACCGCUAGCCGAUUCUUCGGCUUUUCGAUUGCCAAUGCUUCUCGAUUGCUAGCCUAUAAAUCGGCUUUUAGCUAUCGACGGUGUUUGUGUAGUGAUUUGUUGUUGUUCAUGGCAUAACUACCUUCUUUAUGUAAAAUAUAUGCAAAAUAAAGUUUAAGUUCAGUAACAGGAAUAAGCGUUACACGAUAUCUUACACAAAAUUAGCUGGUACUGGGAGUAAAUGUGCGCGAAACCGAGCCAGUACUUGGUAGAUGGCGACCUCAACGUCAAUCGGUCGAAAAAAGUACGAAGAAGAUUUUGAUUGCUCCAACCAUGGAGCAAUCAAAAAACUUUCUUAAGGCUGGAAGCUAAUUUUAAAAUUUCCAUAUUCCCCUUUUUAAAACCUUUUCAAUCUGCGAAAGAGUUGGCGUUGGUUCUUUGCAUUGUACUUGUUCAAGACCUGAAACAAAUGAACUACGAUGUUUAAAGCCUCUCUAAUCCACAAAAGGAGAAGUUGGAAGAAGCAAUUUCUCCAGUGCAAGCUGUAAGCAAACGGUCUUUCUCAAGACCAAUAUCCUAAACCUGAGCUAUUAACGUUGAAGCUAGUGAUCCCCGAUAAUCGUUCGAUUAAUCGAUUAAUCGAAUACUUCCUACAGAAAUCGAUUAUUAAUCGAACGAAUACUGCACAACCAAUAAUCGAAGCGAACGAAUAAUUUACGUCGAUUAAUCGAUCCAAACUCAGAGAGAAAAAAACGUACGGCCGCUGCAGUUUUAUCGUGAAAACAAAUCAUUAUCUUUGACGCUCCCCUAAGUUCGUAAACGAAGCUCAAUGCCGUCAACGUGAAUUGAGCUUCGUUUACGACUUUUGGGGUGAGUAAAAGAUAAUAAUUGAUUUUCAGGCGGAAUGAACACUUUUUUGAUUCCAUAUUUCUAGCAAAUGGGAAAUACUAAUUAUUUCUCUCAGUGUGGCGAUUAAUCGAUUAAUCGAUUAUUUGGGUCGAUUAAUCGUAUCGAAUAACAAACUGCUGAAAACUAUUCGAUUAGCUGAUGAACGAUCAAUUUCAAAAAUCGGGGAUCACUAGUUGAAGCCUCUUUCAGCCGAAGGAUCUGUCGUUCGCGUAAAUAUUCCGAGUCACCAGCAGGGCUGCCGAAUUAAUUUACCAAAGAGUUAUUUUCAAAUUUCGAUUCAUCCACUUUCAGUCCCGUGUCGGUUCCUAGGGACUGACGUUGCGCUUUUCGUUAGAAAAAUGUUGAUCACUGGGACUGACAGAUACAGAUACAGACAGAUACAGAUUUGUAUUCGAAUGUGACUACUUCCUAGUCAAAUUUCUGACUGUUUGUAUUAUACACAAUGAAUAUCUUUAGAAGCGGGGACCGACACUGAUAUUGUUCAAAUGCUCUUGCUGCGGGCUGAAUGGAAAGCGUAGCGAGAACAAUUUGGGGCCAGAUUCUUUCAUCAUUAAGCACUCACAUUGAGGCACGGUCCCACAUCACGUAACGCUGAAAACACUCCCAACAAUGCUAGUCUUUUGGCAAAAGUAACAUAUUCCCAAGACUCUUACGUUGCCAUCAUCCCUUCGACCAAAAUAAUACCAGCUCGCAUAUACACUGACUUGCGAGCACCAGUAUUCAUUCAUCUGUAAGUUGUUUUUGAUUUUGACGUAGGACUAUGUAUUCCAUUUCUAUAUCGGGCUGUAAGUUCAAAGUUUCGAAAACGAGAGCGUUACGUUUGGGGUUCAGGGUUGUGAACAUGAAUAUCUCCUUGCCGGCUGAACGGUUUGAUAUGAUAAUCACUUCGUUCGAAAGAUCGAAUAUCUAAGAAUAAUAUAAUUGUUACUUUUUGAUCCAAAACUUGUUUCAAUAAUUCAUACAGUGCUUCGGGAGGGAACUAUUGAAAUCACAAAAAUAUGUAUAUAAACGGGAGCCAGCUCUCAAAUUAACUUCUACAGAAAAACCUGUUUAUGUGCGGUUUUUUUUGUGCGAUUUUUUUGUGCGGUAUAUGAAAAGAAGCAUAUUUGAUGAAGUUAUCGUCCAUUUAGUUUCAACAUGGUCGGUCUUGACUUACGUUUUCGCACGAUUAUGGCAAUCUCCACUAGAUAUUUUUUCACUGUCUAGCUUGUUGCUUCGACCAAAACCCACAACAAAGUGGCCACCUUUUUCUCCGUCUUCUGCUUCAGCUUCAGCUGCAGUUUACGAUCGCGUAGCACUGUCGGACGACCGAAACCAGACUUCCGUUCAAUGCUCUCAUUCUUCUCCGUGAGUCUAAGGAUAUUAUAGAUACCGGAACGGGCGUGUCCAGCGGACUCAAAGUACUUGACGAUGUUCACUUUCUUUUCAACGGAAUGGAGCAGUUUCCCCAUAACUUUCGCAGUUCAACUGAUAGCGCUGUCCAAUUUAUUUUAAAAACUCAUAGGUUACUACGAUAGACGAUGCACAAGUGACUUCAUCGCUCAGGUGUAAAGGUGAACGCAUGAAAAAAUAUGGUAAAAUUUGUUUAUUUUUCUGCGCAAGCGUUAUACGGAAGCACCACGUACCACGCGGAAGAGCCCUCAAAUAAUUCUAUCAUUAUUGAUUUUGCAUAUUCAUUUGUUCAUUUUGUCUUGUUUGUCAAUAUAGCAACGAUUUGUUUCGUUGGAUUUAUCAGUGCUGCGAUUUUCUCUCGACUCUCAAAAUACUGAUUUGACACCUUUCUGGGUGUCACAGUAAAAGCCACUAGAACCUAUUCCAAUUAUGUAAAUUACUGUCUGAGGCAUAUAACGGUAGAGGAGAAAUUCGCCACAAGAACGGAUCUGACCUUAUUUGUACAUAUCGCAUAAAAGACGGAAGGUGUAUUGCCAAAUACCGGCUAUGCAAUACCGAGGAAACUGGAAAGAAGGAAGUGACGCCGACUCCGAAAUAUAGAAGAUUUAUCACCUUUAGUCAAAUUAUAUAUAUAUAUAUAUAUAUAUAAAUAUAAGAAACAAAGGAAUCAGAAAUAUGGAAAUCAAUGCAAUUAAAAAAACUGACUGCUACACAAACAUAAGUGUGAUAUGAGAGAAAAAAAUGUAAUUAUUGUAAAAUAAGAUAACGAUGUAAGCAAAAGAACGAACUCGAUACGAUGUACAGGUCCAAAUGCGAACCGAGGUUUAACAAGCAUUGUAACAACCGUACGACUCAAUAUUUGGAAAUCACUGCCAAACCAGUUAAUAUUAACCCCUCCAUGCACCCUAGGGGAAAGUGCGCGUGGGAGAACACGAAAUCAGAAAAAAAUUCAAUAAAACAUACAAAUUGUAAUCACAUUAUAUCUGUGUUGGCCUCCAUUCCCAUCCACCAGAGGCACAUUCCGUCUGCGCAAAUUUAAUAUUAUUUAAAUAAUCUUCUCUUCCUGGCAAUUGAAAAAAAUAUACCCUCAAAAAUAAGGAAAUCAGUUUCGUUUAUUUUCGACCGGAAUUAAUUAUGCACUACGAAUGAAUCAUCCAUAAAUUAUCUACGUACAAAAGGCUCGGAAAAUGAGGAAGCGAUCGCAUAACUGUAAAUAAUAUUUAUAGGGCAUAAAUUCCAAAUAAGGUUAUAUACAAAUUGUUUCGCUCAAACCCAAAUUAAAAUAUUUAUAUCAUGCAUAAAACACAUUCACACAGCACCCACCCGCACACACAUACGCAAGAGAUGGGAUGGGAUGAAUCCGGAGGCACACUGGCCGUCUCUCCGUCUCACUUGCAUGUAUCAUUUUGAGUAUGUGAACAACAUAGAUCCAAGAAAAAAUACAAGGAAAAGGAGGGAUUACCGCAAUCAAUGUUUCGAGGUCUAAAAUCUAAACUGGACUGAUUACCACUUGUAGGUGUAUAGUUCGAUCGGGAAACAGCAAAUCGAUUGUACAACAAAAAUCGACGCCGCCAUACUCAUCACCAUCAUCAUCAGCUGCAGCAACGUCGGCGUCGUCGACGUCGGCAAAAAAAAGCUUCAACAGGACCGCGCCUGUCAGCUGCAACCAUACUCCCCCCAAACAUAAACCUCUGUGCACGAAUCGUCCAAUUUGCGUUCGUUAUCAAUCAUUAAUUAUUCAUUCAUUACCCACGACUGUCGCCGGCUGGGAAUGUUUGAAAGUUGCAGUGUGAAAAGUUAUGAUAUAUACAUGAAAUAUGAACUUCCACCCUUUUGCAGGCUUUUUAAAGGCUUUUUUUUACACAUGUUUGCUUAACAUGACACACUUAAAAUUUAUAUUAUCUUUACUUUAUAUCUUGGUAUAUAUUUAGUUACCUGAAUAUUGGAUAGGAGUUUUUCCUUCCAUAUUAGUUUAGGUUUUUAUGUUGUAAAAACGUGAAAUUAAAACCAUUUCUAUUGCCUCAGUAUUCACGAUCCACUAUUCACUGCCCGAAUCUACUAUGUGUACAUUUUUGAACAGGUGAUCUACAGUAUUCAGAAUUAUCAUAAAACGUCUUACGCUUAGUUUUUUUCAUUCAUAGCAUUUUGCUAGUAUUUUUUAGGUGUUUAGCUACUUUCACUGUUUUUAUAAUUUUUGUAGUUACACAGUCUUCCUAAUGGUCAUCAUCAUACCACUAUUUAUAGAGACGCUGUUUGUGCUGUUUCAUUAAUGAACAUCAUAAAAUGAACAUUCAAUCGACAGCCGAACUUUAAAAUGUCGUAUGACUACUCGACACUUGAUGAACGUCAAAUGAAUAAAUCAUUUGACGCUCAUCGCUCGAUCAUUAAAUAACAGUGCUCACGGAAAACGUUCACCGCAAAACCCGAGGAAGGAAUCGUCUGAUUUAAGUCGUCUUUGUUUUGUUGAAUUCUUCUGUACUCAUUAAUUAUUGUUGUGGAGUUAAAAUUCGGGAAAUUUUCGGACAACUUCUACUACAGACUUUAUCUCUGAGGGAAAGGCUAGGAUUACACUGCUCAGAUGCCUUGCCGGCUCACACGUAAUAUCCAACCGGAACACAAGGAUGAAUGCUUGCACUAUCGGAGUUAAUUCCCGCCUCUCCUAUGAAUUGGACUCACGGGCUUCCAGACGUUCAUGGCCGCGGCCCAUCCGUCGGACCGUCCCAUUCUAGCGCAUUACGACUCGGUCAGUGUGAGAGCAGCAAAAAACUCGAAAAGACUGACAUACCCGUGAAUUCAACAAAUGUGCGCACCUCCAGAUAGCACAUUUAUAUGGAUACCGGGUCACUGUUGAACACCCGGAAACGAUGAAGCGGAUCGUUUCGCAUCAUCGUUCCAACGGCAUUUAACAAAUCUAGUCACGUCAGAUGUCUUGAAGGCGUGGGUGUCAAAACUUAUCCAGGAAAAAUGUGCCCGAUAAUCGUACGCCGUUCGUCAACGUGGAACCCGAGAAUUCUUCCUACGCAAGAUAAAAACGGCAACUACCAAGUGGAAAGAUCCCCGGGUCAUCGCUAGUUGCUAGAUUGAGAACCUGCGUUUGCCUAAAACAUGGGCGGAAACAGAGAUAGGUUCCGGAUAUACGAAGUCUGUACAAAAAGUAUCGCGACUUUCGAAUUUACGUGGGUUACGUAUAUUCGAUUCUAUAUUUUUUUUUGUGGCAUUAUGUUGGUACUCAUGUCUCUCACUUAUGCUGACAAGUACGGCAAUUUUGAAUGUUCAGUUAAUUAUUGACAAUUGCUUCGAUACACGUGUUUUGGUUCAUCUUCGAUGUUUGCCUAUUGCCUAUCUCUAGAGAAAUCUCUUCGUAGUGCUGAAUCAAAAUCGGCUAUGACUAUGGAAAUGCUUAAUGAAAUGGGAUAGCUAGCUAAAUUAGAGCAUAAAAAUUCAACGUCAACCAAUUGCAAGGAAGGGAAGCCAUUCAUCACAUAAAAGUCUUCAGUUUUUUUUGGCGACUUCAUCAUUGAAAUGUAGAUCCUUAUUCCCGAAUACACUACACGUGAAAACAACGUGUAGUGAGUACAACCUUAUUUCGGAUUACACGCCACUGUAAAUAUUUGGUUGAAUUCAUUAUCAAUACAUCGAGUUCAUCCAACGAUGUUAUUCUGGUUUACACUUCCCGCUCUCUUUUGUGUAAACAGCGAUUCCUCGUGCUCAUCAUAAUCGCCGAUCAUACACUCUCCCGAAAAGUUGGUAUAUAUGACGAGCUUUUUGGUAAAUAUUACCAAUAUUUAGUAAAUUUUUGCAAUAUGAAUUCUUCGUACAUAUUACACGAUAACAAUGGUAAACAAAUACAACAAAACGUUGGUUUAACAUAUACCCUAAACAUGUUAUGUUAACCCAACCUUUAUGCAUAUAUUGUUUUGAAUUUAUUGAGCUUUUGUAUUCAUCUUUAUUCAUUUAUUGAACUAUCUAAACUAUUUAAAUUAUUUAUUUAACUAUCUAAACUAUCGACAUCUGAUCCUGCAUCGAUUGAGUCUGAUCCACGACUACAUAUUAGGAAAAAAUAUACAAUUAUUACUACAAAUAGAUGCGACAGACUACUCAAUUCUCACCAUUAUCAUCUCCCAGGACCAGCGUGUAAUUACUUCUCAGCCAAACACAUUCCGGAGAUAUCAUGAAGCUGACGAAACCCAGGAGGCAUUAAGUGAGGCUAGCUCUAUACCCCGUUCCAACAUCGACUUGACGCGCAGCGUCCGUGGAUACGAAACCUGCGGCGUGACGAGUCCGGAAAACAUCCAAUUGAUCGAACCACCGAUCACAAUCGUCUUCAAAACGUUUAUGAAGUUGUCCAUGACCAAAUCCAACAGCAUAAACGUAGAACUAGGACUCGACAGGGCUCAAUUUUGUGUAUCGAAGUACCCAGAUUACUUAUUAUUGAAGUAAUGUUUCGCAUUCUCCCGCAGCAGACGAACACAAAUCAUUGCUAUCCAGUAUAUAUCAAUAUUAAUUGAAGAACAUAAAUUGAAUUGAUUUUCACGAAUAUUACUUACCUGUCCCGAAUCUGAGUCAAUACGACCUUCUUCUGUGAAGAAAUCAAUAUCGGAAAGUAGUGCCGUGCAACUCAAUUAACAACUCGGUAAUUAGGCUAAUAAAGUUAUAUUUACAUUUUCUACCACAAAGUAAAAUGAAUCAAUCGUUGGCAGGGAUGUGUAUUGCAUCUGACAUUCGUUUUACAACGAUUGGUAAUGUUUACAGAAAAUAUGUACAUUCUACUGUUUGCAUUACAAAAAAUUUGGAAGCUUUUUUUAGUAAUUCAUUUUCUGGGUGUAUCGGCAACUCGAGGAUAAACAAAACCUAAGACAACAAAACCUGAGACAACAAAACAAAAUACAACUGACGUUCCUCUUACGGUGGGCAUAGACUAGUGAUAUAUUCAUGUGAAGAAAUAAAAUGAGAUUAAUAGAAAUCGCAUUAACCGUUUACACUAGCGCGAACUUAUAUACUGAAUAUAUUCAUAUUUACGGUGAAUUUAUUCACCUGAAGUAGAACUGUGUCCAACUUUAGUGAUUUCUCACCAGUGUGAAAUUCACCAGCGUUUACAUAUGCCUGAAUUUAUUCUAUUCAUAGUGGUUAUAUAUAUAUAUAUAUAUAUAUAUAUAUAUAUAUAUAUAUAUAUAUAUAUAUAUUUUCGUGUAAAUAAAUCCAUUUAUAGCUAUAGAUCUCCCCAAUGUAAACGCGCCAUUAGAAAUGACAUUGAAAUGAACACAGGGUCAUUUUGGCAUCCACUCCGCUUUCUACACAGAGUUCAUUUUUACACUUCACGAUCGGUGGAAACGCAAAAAAGUGAAGUGAGAUAAAAGCGUAGUGGGAACAUAAGUGUAAGUGGAUACGGGAAUAAGGCCCCGUAGUAUAAGACCGUGGUGGCAAUUUGAAUAGUAGCUCCGUAGCUUUGUUCAUCGGAAAGGUUCCUCAGCGACCGUAAAAGGAUUAAGUGAAGUGGAGUUAAACAAAGAAAAUGUUAGAAUCGACGGUGCUAAAGUCAUUUUGUAAUGAAAAUUCACUGCGAGCGAUGAAGAUCGUCUUGACUCUCGUAAUAACAACCUGAUGUUAUUUACAGUAGAGAAGGUGCCUGAGUGCAGGUUUUCCGAAAUUCAUGCUGUUGCUAUUUUCAUUGAAUAUACUCAACAAAGUUCACGCGUCAUUGAGAUGAUUGAACGAAACUCUUGUGCUAUGUUCGUCAUGAUAAAUAUGAUACUGUGUUUCAGCAAAAGAUAAUUCAUUCGACACUGGGAAAAAGUUUCGUUGUGAAUAAAUUUUGAUAAUUUAUGGCACUGAUUAGGAUGGGUAAUGUCUGCAAUAUACCGUGUUCAAAAUGCUUCUGAUGAUUCCAUAAACGCCAGAUAGAUUCAGGACGCCCAUCUUGUAGUUUUUCAAAUCUUAUCAAAGCAAAUGUCUUUGUUGAUAUUACAUGUUCAUAAAAUCUCUCAUUUCUCUUAUCUUCUCGUUGACUUCUCUCACCUAUUCAUUUGACAGUCGACAUCGAAGUUCAGUGUUACAUCAUUUUUAUCAUUGUGUCAUUGUGUGUCAGGCAUUUUUCAUUUAAAACAAACAAUUUCCUCUUCUGCUCUCAUAAAAAAACAAGCUCAUUUAAUUUCAUUAACUAGGUGGUUUUUACUGUUCCAGUGGAUCAACCAAUUAGCCAACCAUUCUCGCAAUUAAACAAAUUAAUUAAUAAUUUACCACGACCACUAGGCUAGCAAAAACUAUCACCACUGCUGAAACUGUUCUUUCAGCUACUAUAAUUGCUAAUAACGUUCUGCUUUUUUAUGUUUGUAUUGGUUUGGUUUCACUGCCAUCGUGAUUUACACACUUUUGAGUUAAGUUCAGUACUCACAAAAGCAGGCAACUUUUAUCAAAACCAGCUGGCGACAGCCAAACAGUGAACCCCGAAAACUCUUUCCGCGGGAUACAUCGCGAAACAGGAAACCGCUCACCAUUACCGAAAAGCUCCCAUUAGUAAUCAAACUAUAGUACAUAGAAAACUAUUAGCCAAUACUAAUUCACACGAACAAAAGAGCACACUAUCGACUUGGCGGGAGUGAGAGAGCAAGAGUAAACAAAAGGAAACCAAAAAAAUAGCAUUAUUACAAACGAGUAAAAAAAAAACAAACAAAUGCAUCUUAUGUAUAUCACACAAAUAGAUAAAAAAAAGUAUGACGAAAACAAAACAAAAGAAUGACCGCGGGAAACGAACGCAACACACACCGCAUUGUAUAAACAAUGGAGAAAUGUUGAUAACCGGCUACAAAUUAAUUUAAUUGUAAUUUUAUCAUGUGGUUGUAGUUAAAUAAAUUAUGACGCAGUUUUUGUA